CUACUUCCGCCACUUCCGCAAAUAGAAAGUGAUGGCAGCGGAUUUGCAGUCCAAGUAUCAGAAGCUGGCAUCUGAAUACGCUAAGCUGCGGGCCCAAAUACCUGUCCUCAAGAAAGCAGUGCUAGAUGAGCAAACCAAAGAAAAUCAUUUUAAGGAAGCAAUCAAAGAGAAAGAACAAAGCAUUCGCAAAUUUGAACAAGAAAUUGACAGCCUUGUCUUUCGUAACCAGCAGCUGACAAAGCGUGUAGAGAUUUUACAGAGUGAAUUGGUGGAUGCAGAGGCAAAGGACAAGAAAUCAAAAAACAAGCACAAUGAUGUUUCUUUGUCGACAAGUCCAAGAAGUAGUGCAAUAGGGGAGGAACUCAAACAGAAAAUAGAGGAAAAUGAAAGGCUACACAAACAGGUUUAUAACUCCGACCUUGAAUAUAAGCAGAAGGUGGCAGACUUGCAGGACAGGCUGACCAUGCUGGAACAGGAGUCUGCUCAACAUCAACAGGUGCUUCAGACCACGCAGCAGAACAGCAAGGUGCAGCUGGAGAAACUGCAGAAUGAGAAGGCCAUGUUAGAAAUAAAGCUUCAUGAACAGGAGAAACUUUCAAAGGAAGCCAAACUGAGAGCUCAAACAGCGGAGCAGCAACUCAAGAUGAUACAGACAGACCUGACAAGUAAAUUAACCCAAGCAACUAAAACAAUCAGGGAUAAACUACCUUUUAAUGAUACAAAGUUUCGAGAUUUGAAUGCUUUAAAUGUACCAACACAUGACAGAAAACAUCAACUAAAAGCUAAAGAACUUUGUGGUCAAGCCACCAAUUUAGUCCAAGACCUAGUGCAAGGAUUGGCCAACUAUUACACUUAUGUGGAACAGAGGACUAAGAUUUACCCUGCAGAUGGCCAGAUUGAACCAUACAGUGAGGUCAACAAAAAGUUUUGCCAGUAUCUACAUGAAAACAUGCAAUAUUUGAGGCCAGUAGAGCAAUCAUUUAGAGCUUUUUACAACAGCUUGAAAGAGGAUGCCCUGACAACUCUGGAAACUGCCAUGGGUCUCCAAGAAUUUGCCCAUCAUUUUACAAACUUUGUGGCAUACAGCAAUAAGAUAAUGCCGUACCAGUUAUUGAGCCUGGAAGAGGAGUGUUCAUUAUCUUCCUGUCCUGAGGCCCUGGCUGCCAAGAAUAAGGAACUUUACUCUGUAGUGCAGAAGCUCAGUGCAGUACUCAACAAGAUACAGACUUAUGUGGCUGUCAUUGCUCAGCAAAGCACUGUAUCUUGUGACCACCCAAAAACCAACCAAGCCAUUUUCUUUGAACAGCUGUCGGGUGGUCUGGAGCUUUUCCACACAGUUUUGAAAGAGCUAUCUACUACUUACAAUGCCAAGGUGACAUUAGAACACCAGCUGCCCACUGCCCCUUCUAAACUGAAGACCACAGAUGAGUGUGUCAUGUCUGCUUUAGUGCACUUACAAAAAUGUGCUGGGAAAUUUGCCAACUUCAUGCGGACCAACCUGGAGUUCUUCUGUGCUACAGCAGGUUAUCGCACUCGAGGUAGUAGUAUAUCCACCAAUGAGUCCAUGGAGGGUCCAAAGUCCAGCCCCGUGGUGGGAGCUCUGAGGCAGAAGUCUGCUAACUACAUGGCUUCAUUACAUAGGCAAAGUCCAGAGUCAGUACCAUACAGGGUUGCAGUUGAAAACAGAAGAACCCUGCUUAGUUCUACAGAGAGCAGGGACAGCCUAGCUCAACAAGUCACAAAUUUCCAAGAGCGUACUAAGAAAUUAGAACAAGAUAAGGAGCACUGGAUGUUGGAGUCCCAGCUGAUGAAGAUGAAGUAUGACAAGGAGAUGCAGAAAGUGGCAGAACUUGAGAAACAGUUAGCAAGGACAUCCACAUCUGCUGGCUCUCUAGAGGAUAACAUGGACAGGGGGCUCCUCCCCCAACCCCAGGCAUCACCACAGCCAGCUAUGUUCAUAGAGACUAGCAUGCUUGGUCAGCUGGAGACAUCAAAGGGUGGUUUAGAUGACCAGGCUACCAGGGAGGAGCUGAUUAAGAAGCACUACAUGCAGAGGAUAGACCAGCUGACGUCCCAGCUCCAGAUGGCUGACAGCAAGGCUGUUCAGGUCCAUGCUGAGUGUAAAGCGCUACACAAAAGAUUAUCAUUGGCAGAGAAGGCGAAAGUAAAAACUCAGGAAGAAAUAAGGACUGCAAAUCAGUCUGUCACACAACUCAAGGAUGAACUGCAAACUACAACCAAAAACUAUGAAAGCCAGUUAAGCACUAUGAGCGAUCACUUGGCAGCUAUGAAUGAAAGGCUGAUGCAACAGCAGGAUGAGAUUGAAGAAUACAAAGCACGGUUGGGUGCUAAGAUUAAAAAAGGAAAGACCAAGUAGGACUUAUUUUCAAAGGAUAAGAUAUCGAAGUGAUUGUUAAUGUGACAAAUAUGCCAGAGAUUUCAACU